CUCCCGCUCAAGAUUUGCGGGCUUCCUAGCAACCGCCCUUCGAUACGAACUGUGAAGGAAGCGAAGCGCCCCUGGCUCGGAGACAACAGCAACAUGGAGCCUCAAGAGCCAACUUCUCCCGCAGACGAGGCAGAUGUCAACAGAAGGACUGAGUCAUGGUUCCAUCUCCCAGCAGAAGAGGACAGGAGUCAGUUCCUGGGUCUGGAAUUUCAGGACAGUCGUCUGUCACCUGCCCUCGCUCUGCUGCCGGAGUACGACUUCUCGGGAUACUCUCUCUUCCAACAAACAACAGACUUAGAGUUUGCCCCUUUAAGGGGGUCUCCAGACGUGUCUGUAGCCUCUGAGAGGUUUCUGACACCGCAGGCCAAGAAGGGCAGUAGCGGCGUUGUCCAGUCGUCUGACCCUCACCGUGCCUCUCUGUCCCAGCAUCCUCUAGCCUACACCUCCACCCUGUCUGAGCACCCUCUGGGUCACACUUCCACCCUGUCUCAGUCAGAGGAGCGGGCCAGUAGCUGCUGCUCCCUCUCCGAACACAGCAUGUCCCCUGGUGACGGGUUGGGACAACCAGUGGAGGACCGCUACGCAGCCACCGUCAGAGAUAACGAGGGGCAGAAGACUCAUCGUUCUGGGUUACUGGUCGGUAGCAGGGAGGGGAAGAUCUAUAUUAUAUAUAUAUAUAGUAUACUGUAUGUAGACUGUGUAAAUGCCUCUGUCUAUAUUCUGUCUGUAUAUUUUCUCUAUUGCUUGCAUUGCCAUAUCACCAAGUAAAAUUCUGUGUAAAUGUACAUGUCCUUGGGCGAAAUAAAGGCUGUUUCUGAUUCUGAUCACUAGACACGUACCAGUCUCCUUGACCCAGACAGACCUCUGUCCGUGCUCCCUGACGACAACGCUUCCUUCCUCAGCGGGGACAUCCCUGCUAGAAAGCUGCUGGAGCUGCUCCAGAAGGACGUUGGGAUGCCCAGCGGUAGCAGCAGUGCUCUCUCCUCUGCCUCUGAGACCUCUCUCAACAGGACUAACUUCUUUGGGGGAGAAUCCAGGAGUGACAGCUGUGUUUCCAAACCAGGUGGCUUGAGAGAAGAGAGGGAUGUGAGCCAAAGAGUGCAGCCUGACGUCUCACCUGAGCUGCAGCCUGACGUCUCACCUGAGCUGCAGCCUGACGUCUCACCUGAGCUGCAGCCUGACGUCUCACCUGAGCUGCAGUCUGACGUCUCACCACCAGUCACAGGGAGAAGAGAAGGCCCUCAAGGAGGAGCCUCCAUCUCACCUGAGAAGACGGAGAAACUCAAAAGUAAACAGUCUUCGCGGAUGUCGGAAAUUUCCAACAUCACCAUCCGUUCCCUGAGCAGCCAACCGGAUGAAAGCAGUAAUGCGCUCCGCAGGCAGCUCUGCUCGGAGCUAGAGAGGAGUCUGGACUCUGAGCCUGGAGCAGAGACCCAGAGAGGUGCAGGCCGUGGGCCCGUACCCUCCUUACACAGUGAAGUCAACACACCUGACAUUGUCACCAAUACACCUAACGUUUUAACCACUGAAUCCGCCAAAGGGAGGUUGAGCGUGACCAGAGGGCUACUGGACAGUGUGUUAGGGGCCGGGGCCGGGGUCGGGGCCCAGUUUUCAGCAGGGUUCAGUGUGGAGCGAGGUCAUAGGGAGACAGACCUCUGGUCCUCAGGGAACCAGACAGGCAUAGAACAAGACGUCUCGUUCCUGAGCCUCCUCCCCCAGCCCGUGUCCCAGUCCACCCCAGGUGUGUUCCUCCACGCUCCAGUCAGAUCCAGCACUAAGCUGUCUGCCCUCACCUUUAACAUGGAGGUCUCUCAGCGCUCUUCAGGCUCCAGAGUCUCCUCCCAGCCCCAGCCUGCUGUAGUCACCCUGCCUGAUAGAGCCACCCCUGUCCCGGACCCCCCUCUGCCUGCCAGAGAGACAGUACAGGAGCCCUCAGGAAGAAGCCACCAUUCUCUCCCCAGUCUCAACUACCUACAGAAGGUUGAUGCCUGGAAGGCCAACCAGAGUUCAAACAAGAUGUCGCUCUUUGACAACUUGUCUCUUCAGGGCUUCUCCGGGGUCUCUCCCAAGCAGAAGGCCUACGAUGCAGUCUCUGAGUCUCUGACCCGUAUCCUGACUCUUCCACAGCUGGGCAACCAGACCCUCUGCAGGAGUGAAUCUGGAUCCUCCUCCCCUACUAGAGGGGAAGCAGCAGGUAGUGGUCUUCCCGAGAGAGAGGACACAGCAGGGCCUGUAGGAGGGCCAUCCCCCCUGGGCAGGUCUCAGUCUCACUCCUCCCUCAACACAGUGGUCACGUCUAUCCAGAGAGCUCAGCGUGCACAGACGCACACUGACCAGGACAGCAGCCAGACGCAGACAGAGGAGGAGAGCGCUCCAGGGCAGCCCGGGGAGUUGGAGAGGACCCAGGGAGGGUCAGGGUCAGACCGGGUUCAGUCAGGAGGUAGACCUGAACAGCCCGGUGGUGCUCCAACCGAGCCCUCUCCUUUCAUCAGCCUGGGACGCUUCAGUAACGUGUCAUCAAACCGAGACGUCCUCUCCAGCUCCCAGGACAGUGGUCACAGUGGGCAGAACUUUGAGGUGUCCGUCAGGGCUACUUCUUCUGUGGUCAGUCUGGAGGUGGAUAACUAUGCUCCGUACUGGUCCUCCAAACCCUCCUCACCACACAAGGAGAGGGAGCUCAACAUUGAAGAAAGGAUUCCGAUGUACCUUCACAACCUUGGGAUCGACCAAUCUCCUUCUACGAUCCUCAAUCCCUUUGGACCUCGAGGGCCAAUCAGAGAGCCAGAGUUCUCUCCGACUGAUCUGUGCACCAUAAAGGGAUCCACAGCCACUGGCACGCCAACCAAGAGCACACAGCCUUCUGAAGGCGACAGCCCUCAUAAAGGAGAGUUCUCGAGGUCCAGCCUGCUGUCUGUGGCCUCAAGCAUGUCUCUACCUCUCAGUGUAGACAGCCUCCAUCUCCAUCCCAUAAGGAGCCAGGCAGAGAACACCAGGGACUGCCUGUCCCCGUCUCCGGGACCAGACAGAGACAGGUCUUCCAGCCAGGGCAGUCUGAGAAUGGCCCUCUGCCCCCUGGAUAUCUCAGUGGAGAACACAGUGGUCCAGGACUCCCAGCAGGAUCCUCAUUGUCUCCAGCCAUCCUCCCCUGCACCACAGUCCACCCAGCCCCAAGACCUCCACCUCUACCAGCUCCCUGCACCACAGUCCACCCAGCCUCAAGACCUCCACCUCUACCAGAUCCCUGCACCACAGUCCACCCAGCCCCAAGACCUCCAUCUCUACCAGCUCCCUGCACCACAGUCCAAUAAUCAAAAGUACCCUGGCUUGCUUCCGGACCUACAGUCCUCUGCGCCACAACAGAGAGACAGCAGAGUUAAUGUCUCUACCCAGGCUGCUAUAGAGCUGGCAGGGAAGCUUGAGUCCAGUUCUGACAGCUUAUCUCAGUACAGAGACAGGGUCAAAAACAGCUUAUCUCAAAACAAAGAUGGCGACCGAGACAGUUUAUACAGGGACAGAGACAUCUUGUCUCAGUACAGAGACAGAGUAGUAGCAACCUGUCCCCAGGUUAACACCACCAUGGAUCGUAGUAAUCCUGACGAUUCCUUCGUAGGCUCCCAGACUCUGCAGGACAUUAGGCUUUUGCUGGGCCGGGCUGAAAACAUUGUGUCGGGUGGCUCCUCCUCCUCUGGCGCCUCCUCCCACCUCCUCCACUCUGACGACGACAUCAUGCUCCUCUCUCUCAGGAGGAAGAUGGAGGGAUUCCAGGACUCCUCCUUCACCUCCUCCUCUGGUGGGGCCGGAGUGGGGGACCUAAGGAGUCACUCCUCAUUGCUUUGGGCCCGCUCCUCCUCUGACUCAAUGCUACCGGGGGUUAGGAAGAGAGAUGAGAGCUCUGCCUACAGCCGGGAAGGUCAUGUCAGGCUAACCGGAGAAGCAGAGCACCAGUCCACACCCGCCAGAGAGGAGUCUGGGAGACUACUACAGGACAGAGAGCAUUAUGGGAGACCACAGGACAGUUCUGAAGACAGAGAGCAUUAUGGGAGACCACAGGACAGUUCUGAAGACAGAGAGCAUUAUGGGAGACAACAAGACAGUUCUGAAGACAGAGAGCAUUAUGGGAGACCACAGGACAGUUCUGAAGACAGAGAGCAUUAUGGGAGACCACAGGACAGUUCUGAAGACAGAGAGCAUUAUGGGAGACCACAGGACAGUUCUGAAGACAGAGAGCAUUAUGGGAGACCACAGGACAGUUCUGAAGACAGAGAGCAUUAUGGGAGACCACAGGACAGUUCUGAAGACAGAGAGCAUUAUGGGAGACCACAGGACAGUUCUGAAGACAGAGAGCAUUAUGGGAGACCACAGGACAGUUCUGAAGACAGAGAGCAUUAUGGGAGACCACCACAGGACAUCUCCGGCGGUAGCUCCACCUUCCUCCUGACCGAAUCCGUGCGGAGGGCGGAGCCUGAGGGCUGCAGUGCCGGCCUCUCGGACACGAGGAUUGGCCCUGUGCUGUUGUCAGUUAUGCCGGUCAGCCAACCUGGUCCCUCAUUGGGUGAUGCUGUCGGUGGCAAGCUGCAGCAGGCUUCAACAACAACAGUGGGAGGAGGGAACACAGUGCAGGUGGCUCCAGCAGAAGUAAACUCUUCCUCCUCUUCGUCCUCCUGUCCCGUGGGCUCUGAGCAGGGGUGCGGAGGUCUGUCUGAGCAGGGGUGCGGAGGUCUGUCUGAGCCGGCCCAAGGUGUGGAUCAGGGUGGAGAUGCUCUGAGUGAUGGUGGUAGCAGCAGUGGUAGUUCUCUAGCAGCCAGGGUAGCCAGGUUGCUCCAGAGUGAGUCUCCAGCCACGGUGGUGUCCCUGUCCAGCCGAGCUAGUACCGCCACCGCAGACCUGGAGGAAAGCAGAGCCAGAGAGUGGCUGAGGAUGAAGGUGUCGGGGCAGCAGUGUGAAACUCUGGAGCUCAACACGGAGGAUAGACAACGCAUAGAAGAGAUCAAGAGAGAGAUACUCUUUAAACACCCACUAAAGAGCCAGAGGAGCAUGGACACGGACAGCAGUACUGCGUCCAGCCUUGUAGGUCCAGGGGGCCAGCCUCCCUCCCUACCCCAGCCUGAGGAGCAGUUGAGUGCGGAGCAGCAGCAGUUCAGGGCCCUGAGGGCAGCAGAGGACUGUCUGUCCCACCAGCUACAGCAGCUGAGCAGGAACCCGUUUGACGACAGCGUUGAGCUGCGUACCCCUCUAAGGCAGGACCUAGAGGGCCGGGUCAGACAAAUCGCCCUCCGAGAGGGGUUAUACGUCCUCCCUAGAACGCACCCUCCACCCCUCACCUCCAUCACCAUUGCUACCUCCCGCCGCUCCCCCCUCCCCGAGCCUCUACAGGUGUCCCGGUUCACCUUAGAAGGGGUCUCCCAACCCACAGUGCAGGGGUGGCUACCUCAGACACGGCCCCAGCAGCAGGAGAGGGAGAGCACCACCACCUCGACACACUGCUCCAUGUCCAGAGACCCAACCACCAUGACUGGAUCACAGGCCAACAGCAGCAGUCUGUACCCCAGAGACAGAAAGACACGCCUGGGACAGGAGCCGGGCCAGGAGCCGGACCAGGAGCCGGACCAGGAGCCGGGCCAGGAGCCGGGCCAGGAGCCGGGCCAGGAACCGGGACAGGAACCGGGACAGGAGCAGCUGCCUGGUGGAGACCAAGAGAACCACUCUGCAGCUCCUCCUCUCCCUCUAACCCCAGGCAUGUACGGGCAGAUUUCCAGUUCUCACCCCGACGUAGGGCGUCCUGGGUCCAUCAUGGGUUCUGGAGCAGACUGGGUCUCUGGAGCUUGGACCACCAGGACGGGUCAGGUCUCCCACCUCCACCUCACCCUCUCCCCUGGUCCUAAAGGGUCUGAAGAGAGGUCUCGGAGACUUCUGUCCUUUGCUCCUGUCAGACACUCCUCUGCUGUGUCCAGCAGUGUUGACGUAGACGAGAGCCUAGGAUACACCCCCGAGCCUGCCCGGGCCAAUCAGACGGGGUCGCAGGAGAACAGAGAUACAAUUUGGAGACAGGGGCAUGAGACGGCCGACGCCUCAGUUCAGAUCACCACGGGAACGGCAACAUCCACCUUCCCACAAUGCUUCACACCUCCCCAGAGGCUGACUGGUACCGGUCCAUCUAGGCAGGCGGCGCUGUCGGUUCUGUUGCCAUAUAAACCACACGGCAGUGAGGAAAUGUUCUACAUAUCCCAGACACAUACGGACCCACAGCUUUCCCCCGUACGAUCUGACUCCACCAUGGAGAGUUCCCACCCAGGCUCGGACGACGCGGUGCCCCCUCGCUUCAACAUAGAGAUCCUGGGGUCACGAGAGCAGCAGGUGGACCAGGUGGUGGACAGGGGGGUCAACAUCAAACACACAGAGGGUAUCUACAGCAAGAGACAAAGACUGGGAGACAGCUACAGUAUGGAGAGGACAGGUACUGCCGUGCCAGUGGAUGAAGGCCAACCAAUGAUUGACCAGCGUACUCCACAGUCAAUAUGCUUCUCUCAUGUAACAGGAGGGUUAACCAGAGGUCCUGCUAUACCCUCCACCACCACUAGAGGUCCUGCUGUACCCUCCACCACCACUAGAGGUCCUGCUGUACCCUCCACCACCACUAGAGGUCCUGCUGUACCCUCCACCACCACUAGAGGUCCUGCUGUACCCUCCACCACCACUAGAGGUCCUGCUAUACCAACCACCACCACUAGAGGUCCUGCUGUACCCUCCACCACCACUAGAGGUCCUGCUGUACCCUCCACCACCACUAGAGGUCCUGCUAUACCAUCCACCACCACUAGAGGUCCUGCUAUACCAACCACCACCACUAGAGGUCCUGCUAUACCAUCCACCACCACUAGAGGUCCUGCUAUACCAUCCACCACCACUAGAGGUCCUGCUAUACCAUCCACCACCACUAGAGGUCCUGCUAUACCAUCCACCACCACUAGAGGUCCUGCUAUACCAUCCACCACCACUAGAGGUCCUGCUAUACCCUCCACCACCACUAGAGGUCCUGCUAUACCCUCCACCACCACUAGAGGUCCAUCUGGGGCCAUGAGAGACCAUGGAACCUCAAUCACCAUCUCCACACACACCCAGGGGGUCCCAGACACAGACCGCCUUGUCCAGCCCUCCCUUCACUGCAGCCUGGGGGUGGGGGAGGAGGAGCUGGAGGUUUUUCAGCCUCUGCAUGUUGAGAUGGACUAUAGUUCUAUGGACCUCCACCAUCACUACCCCAAAACUCACCAUCUUCACAUGGACCACCAGAUCUCCAACGCUCACCUUGUCCGAACCUCAGCCCCUCACCCAGGGAUGGAGCGAGAGCCGGGGAGGCGGGACCACAGUCUAGCCCAGCGGAGUGGCAGCACUCUGGACCAACUGUGGCGCAGGUUCAGUGAGAGGUGGAGCCUGGAGGAGGCCCGGCCCACCAAUGAGAGAGAGGCGUCCCUGCUGGAGCGGCUGGAGCGUCUGUCCCGCCUCAUCCACAGCACCUCCUCCUUCCUCCCAGAGCCAGAACCAAGGCAGCAGACUGACACCACAGAACAAGAGGGAGGAGGGAGGAGAAGAGAACGGAAGAGUAGUAGGAAGGAGGAAGAGAGAAGAGGAGGUGUUGAGGAAGGGAGGAGAAGAGGAGGUGUUGAGGAAGGGAGGAGAAGAGGAGGUGUUGAGGAAGAGAGGAGAAGAGGAGGUGUUGAGGAAGAGAGGAGAGGAGGAGGUGUUGAGGAAGGGAGGAGAAGGAGAGAGGAGAGCAGCAGUGGACGGAGCGAUCCCGAUGCUAACCCUAACCAGGCUAAGCCUCGUGUUCCGCGCCAGGCCUGGGAACAGCAGGAUGAGGAGGCCGCAGAGGGGGAGGACUGCCCAGCCUCUUACAGCUCUAGCCCCUCCCACCGCCCGGCCCGCAGCCAAUACCUGUGUCCAGCAGAGAGAGAGAGGUCUGGGAGCAUCUCAGGGGAGACCAGCAGCUCCAUGUCUACAAUAGACACAGCCCGACUGGUGAGGGCCUUCGGAGCCCACAGGGUCAGAGGGCUGAAUACAGGAGGGACUAUCUCCAGUCACAGGACCAGCCACAGCCUUAGUAAACUGUACAGCACCAUCCUUCGGCAGAGCAAGGAGCAGAGGAGAGGAGGAUCCAGAGAGACUCCUCAUAUCCCCCCAGUCCCCUCAGAGUCUACUGGCACUGAUGACUCUGUAGUUCCAGCGGACUCUGCAUCAUCAACCAGCACCUACACCCUCCCCUCGCAUCGUGGCCCCUCCCACUCCAAGAAGGCAGUCAGACAUGUCAGUAAAGGCGUACAGGCAGGGGACCUGGAGAUUGUGAGUAACGGAACGCGUCGCCACACCCGUGACGUUGGCACAACGUUCCCCUCGCCAGGCUCAGCCAGGGGUGCCAGGGUGCUCCCCUCCUCACACUCUGGUAGCAAGAGGGGUAGAGCGGGGGACAGGAGCCCUCCUCCUAAAACCCAGAGGAAGAGGAAGAUGAGCCAACCCUCUGCCAAGCCCUACUACCCUCAAGGUGUAUCAUGGCACAUCCCUGCUGAGGACCUGAGAGCUGAGGGCAGGAAGGAGAACAAUCCAGAGGAGCAGCCUCCCCAGGGCCCGGCCUGGUUUGAACCCUACAGCAGAACCACCCGGCCCUGGAGAGAACCGCUCAGACAGAGACAAAUACAGGACAGGGAGAGACUGACAGACAGACUACAGACCAAUCAGCUAGAGGCUGACCGGGACAGACCCAGUGAGAGGCAGCACAUCAAGCACAGCAUCAUCACCCCUCCUGGGCCUGAACCCACUGGUCACGCCCCCGCCGCUCUGGUCCGCAUCUCUCUCCAGGAAGCUCUGGAGCUGCGCCGGCCAGAGUUCGUGUCUCGGUCUCGGGAGAGGGUGAAGCGUCUGCUGCUGCAGGUGGAGGAGAGGAAGCUGCAGGUCGUCUUCAGCAGAGAGAGAAACGAGCUCUUCAACCAACCCAGAAGACCAGGGAGACUGUCCCGACCUGCAGGCACAGCGGAGUUUCAACGAGCCGUUCCAAAGAAGGAGAUGGUGCAGAGGUCUAAACAACGGUCAGGUCAGGAACAGGAAGCAGACUCUAACAACAGGGGGGCCAGGAGGAGGAGGAUGUAUGAGCAGCUGCCAGAGGUGCAGAGAAGGAGAGAGGAGGAGAAGAGGAGAGAGGAGUACCGCUCUUACAGACUCAACGCUCAGCUCUACAACAAGAGAAUCACCAACAGAGUCCUGGGCAGACAAACCCCCUGGCAGUGAGCGCCACACCGAGGAGGUCUUCUACCCUUUAUUCCAUGUACGUGUGCUGUGAAUAAAAGUAGUUCAAUCGUUUACAUUUUUUUUUUUUACAUUUUAUUCCGAUCUGCUGCAAAGCUUACAUUUUGUUCACGUUUAACACAUCAUGAAGAGAAAAGUCAAUAAUUUAUCUGUUUCUGAAGAGACAAGGCUUUAGUCCUACCAGUUGAGUGUGUAUUUAAAUACUUUUGGAUUAUAGUUUUUAUGACCAUAAUAUAAAUAAACAUGCUUUCUACA